UCUACUCUACCUUCGCUUGUUCUCUGGUUCGCCAUAACUUCUUUUCGGCCAUUCCACCUUCAUCCUACGUAUACGCUACCUAGCCCGCCGGACCCCUGAAGCCUAAACGCAGCCUGCCUCACUGACGGCUCUCGCUCUCGCCCUCGCCUUCGCCCUCUCGUGGUCCUCCGCCACCGGCCAAAGCUUAUUUCGCCUGCCCAAGCCAUCCGAUCCUCUGGCUCCGCCAGUGUCCGCUGGUGUCUCUAGCCGCCUUUGCGACCGUCUUUAUUUGAUCCCCCGUCCGUUUUCUUUCGUCACUAGACCAGUCACCCACGCCGUUGGUCUUUCGCCGAACACCUCCAAGUCAGCCUUUCUACGCAUUCUGACUGGGCAUCUGCAUCCCCGACCCGCCUCGCCGACAACAUGGGGCGUCCGCCCGCGUACAUCUUUGUCGUCAGGCACGGCGCUCGUCUGGACGCCGCCGAUAAGAAGUGGCAUCUCACCUCUCCGACUCCCUACGACCCUCCUUUGACCUACGGCGGCUGGCAACAAGCAAAGGCCCUCGGCAUCCGCAUCGGUAACAUCCUCCGACAGGCUGAAGCUGAUGGUGCCGCCGACCCCAGGUCUUCCAACGGUCGCGACCCUUCCGCCGACUCUCAGAAGAAGCGACGCAAGUUCAAGGUCGUUAUUCACAGCUCGCCAUUCUUGCGAUGCGUCCAAACCUCUGUCGCUAUUGGCGCCGGCCUGGCCCAGGCACCUCCCCCGGGAACUCCCUCCUACCCGAUGCCCUCGCCUACCACGAACCCUUCCGCCUCGCCCUUCAUUCUCCCGGCUGCCGUAGCUGAAGAUCCCCGUCCGCUGUCCGUCGACACGAACGAGAGCAACCCCGAGUCCUCUAGAAAGAAGAAGAUCAAGAAGUCCACCCUCCGGCUGGAUGCCUUCCUGGGCGAAUGGCUAUCGCCUGAAUACUUCGAGAUGAUCACACCCCCGCCGGGCUCUGCCAUGAUGCUGGCAGGUGCAAAGGCUGAUCUUCUGCGACGGGAGAACAUCGGCGCUCAUGACCAAAUCGUCGAGCAUGCCCACCACCACGCUAACUCUGUUGGCCAGGCUCAGAGUCAACUCUGGAACAGCCCCAAGUUCAGGGCAGCUCCCGAGCGCUCCGGCUCGGCCGACUCCAACUCGCCUUCCAUCCUCGGUCUCGACAACAUAUCCUCCAUGGCCGGCGCUCUGCCACGAAGUCGUGCCGAUAGCACGGCUAGUUCCUCGAGCCAGCGGGUCCGGUUCGCACUGCCAGAGCCCGCCAACCCGAACAACCCAAGUGAUGGAUAUCUUGCCCCGAGCCCCAACUAUGCCCUGUCCUCUAGCGCCAAGAUCCCCGACGGCUAUGUGGCGCAUGCGCGGGAUGCUUGCGUCUCUGUUGACUACCAGUGGGACUCGAUGAGGGACCCCCUGGACUGGGGCGAUGGCGGCAAGUACGGCGAGGAGUGGACGGCCAUGCACCAACGAUUUAGGAAGGGCAUCCAGAGGCUGGUGGACUGGUACACCACGGCCGAGCGUCCCGCCGAGAUGGUCACCAAGACGGUGAAGACGGCUUUCAACGGCGACACCGAGUGUGCCAUUGACGACGAGGACGAGGACGACGUCGAGCCGGUGGUCAUUCUCGUUUCCCAUGGCGCCGGGUGCAACGCCUUGAUCGGUGCCAUCACCCACCAGCCGGUUCUCAUGGAUGUGGCGAUGGCUUCCUUGACAGUAGCGGCCCGAAAGCCGGGCCGCGACUCCGAGCCCUCGGGGUUGGACACUCCCAUGUCAGAGGUAGACAUGGACCCCAUGUCUGGCACGAAAGGCCUCAUUCCCGUCCACCACUAUUACGAUUUGAAAAUGUUUGCCAACACCGAGCACUUGCGGCAGCCCGUGUCUGCCACCCACAACUUGUCCAGGGCUCCCUCCACCGCCUCGAACCACUCGCAGAACGGCCAGCCACACCCGCGGGGCCGUAUUGCGUCUGUGAACACGUAUACGCCCGGGUCCAUCACCCUUAACCCGGACUCCUUCGCCUUCCCAGGCAGUCGGAGCAACUCGGCGAACGCGAACCUAGGCAGCAUGCGCCGCACCUCCAACAACACAUACUCCCUGCCCAGGGCACCGACGCUUAACACAACCGGAAUCACAGUCGGAAGUGGCGCGACGAGCUUCACGAAACCCUCGCCGACGCUCUCGGUCGGGCUGUGGUCGCCCAUCACGCCGCAGAAGGAGACAGAAGAGGAGGACGAGGACGAUGACAUCUUCCCGGACUUUGACCACCGUAAGAAGCUGGCAGCGCUCUCCAAGCCCGGACAAGAGAUUAUCAAGCCGCCGACGCCGGAGAGGAGAGAACCGCAGUUCGGCGGCCCCGCCAAGGUCCCGCACAGGCUACAGGAGAUCUCUCGGCCCACCUCGAGCGACGGCACCGACGAGGAGAAUAAGAUCCCCCAGCUGGGCACGUUCAGCGCCGGCGGCCUCUGGGGAGCGCCUCGCCCGCUGGGGGAGACAGAGAUUAUGCGCGACAUGACGACGUCGAAGCGGCGAUGGACCGUCAACGAGCGCGCCUAGGGGGGUGAGCCCGGGUGAGCCCGGCAUGAGAGAUGCAUGCGUUACAAAGCAAAAUGGGUACAAUAAUCAGACUCAGACGAGCCUACGAUGUCGCAUACGGCAGUACAGCACAGGGUAGCAUGACAGUGGCACAGCCAGAGUGUACACAGAUACGAAACAACACCAGACGCAUAUUUAUUUGGGCGGCAAAGGAUAAGCAAUCAUUUGUACUUUUUUCCAAGUCAUCAUUCUCGGUUCUUGCAUCAUGGCGUAGUCGACACCAAGGGACAAAUGAAAAAUCAAGGUUGCGGGCGGUUGAGAUCAUGGUUUUAUCAGUAUCAACAUUUUUAAUAGCCCACAAGAUGGGACAAAAAAAAAACCCAGCAUUGAGCGGGAAGGGGGCCAUCGUUUCUUUUCUUCUUUUCUUCUUCUCUACUCUACUCCGAAAAUCAUAACCCCCCUCAAUAUUUUGAUGAGGCAUGCACUCAGAUGCGUUGUCAAUGAGAACAGAAGACAAGUUUUUUGUCAUGCUUGCAACUUUCUUGCUGUUCCAUGUAGCAGGAAGGACGCUGUGGCACGAGGUAACAUUGUAUAAAGUCGAAUUCGACGCUUCUAUUUUGGGUUGACGUGACGAAAUUGAAGAGAUGAAGCUGGACAUAAGAAAAUGUUGUGUUAAAAAAUCCAAGGUCCACGAGUGCCUCCUUCACAAACGCCCGUAGUGUAUACAGCAAAUCUAGCGUUGUUUGACGCUCCUCUCUGCUUUACUCUCUCAUUCUUCAGUGUCGCCCAGCACCUUCCUCCGCGCCCUCAACCUCUAGUUCUCUUGCUCGGCCU